AUGACUGAACCGCCUGCGAAGAGAGUCAAGCUGGAGCUGUCGAAUCCGUCGGAGCCUCUGACGCAGAAGGAUGUGAUUUUAUUUCAGAAAGAGGCUUUGUUUAGAAGUUUAAAUCAGUAUCGCUCGGAGGCCAAAGUUUCACAGAUACAGGUUGGGGAACUAAGGCGGUUGCAGGAUGGGUUUAACGAACGGCUGUCUGCAGUGUGUGGGGGGUUGAGGAGCAUAGCACGUUUGGUGGUGGAAGCGAUUUCACGCGACGACGAGGUUGAGGAUCAGAGUGCGGUAGGUGUGUGCGAGCAGAUAAUCAUGGGUGAUGAUGCAGUGGUUGUUGAGUGCGCUUCUUCUUUCACUGAGAUUGUCGGCAAGGUUUUAGGUUGGGGCGGUAAGGGAGCGUCUAUUGAUGCUUCGCAAUGGCAGGAGUUGGAGGUGCUAAAUAGUAGACUGUCUGUGGAAAACAAGCAGUUGCGUGCCGAGUUGGACUCUAUCAGGUCAUAUUAUAGUGGGGUGUUGCGCCAGUAUGAUCGGGAGGAUAGUGUAACUGUAAAGCGAGUCUUCAAGCUGGACGAGGACGGGGUGCAGCAGGAGAAUCUCGAAACGAAAACUCGUUCACCGAAGACAGGUUCCAGUGUUGCUGUUGCUAUGGGUCAGGAGGAGUCAUCCGCAUUAGCUUCUCCGACCGAAGAUAAGGUCAACGGCGAGCCUGUGAACCCUCAGGAGGAGAAUUCUUUGCAACUGGAGCACGAAUUACAAGUAGCUGAUUUUCAGGCGGAAAUCCAGGUGCUAGAGGACACAGUGAAGGAACUGUCCAACUGGAAAGAUAGUAAUCAACAAGAAAUUGUUAAACUCCGCCAGCUGGUAGGCAUUUCAGAACCAAAGCAGUCGCAGAACCAACAACAGCCACAGCAGUCUAACUCCAUUACUGAUAGCCAGGUGUUAGUAACCAAAAUCGAUAAGCUCUCCGAGGAAAAUAAGGAAUUGCAACAAUUGAAUGAUGCUUAUUUGAGCAAGUUUCAACAACUUUCAGCAGACCGAGAGGUAUUCACAAAUAAGUUGUCUACGGAAUUUCAAACUGCACAGGAAACACUGAAGAAGCACAACUCGAAUCUGGAAAAGGACCUUGUUAGGAUAAGAACUGCGCGCGAUGAAUUACUCAGUAAAAUCGCUGUUCUUGAGGCUCAAAAGUCAAAAUCUGAAAUAUUGAAAGAUCUUGAAAGUAUGUUACAACUACAAGAAGAACAGAUUAAUAAAUUAAAUGAAAGAAGAAUCGAGCCUUCCAAGGAUGCGUUGAUGAAGGAGCUGCAGGAUCUAGAAAAGGCAUUCAAAGAGUUAUCGCAGUAUUCAAACAAGAAGUACUCCAAAUACAUAAACCAUGACUCACUGAUGUCGAAAUUAACGGUAGAAAAGACCAAAGCUGACCAGAAAUACUUUGCGGCUAUGAGAUCCAAAGAUUCUAUCUUAAUUGAAAACAAGAAUUUGUCAAAAAACUUGAAUAAGUCGAAUGAGUUGAUACAGCAGCUUAAAGACAUCGAGAAAACCCUACAAUCAAAGAUUGAAAACUUAAACAAGCAAUUGCAGAUUUCUCAGGUAAACGAAAAAAGGUUAAUUGAUUCAAACAAGGUCACUUCUUUGAAGAUUAUGGACCUGACCUCCCAAUUAACGAAAUGCAAGAAGGCAUCUGCAUCUUUACAACAGAAAUACUCGAAAUCAAUUGAGGACAAGUCAAAAGUAGAAUUAAGACUAAGCAACUUGGAAAUUGAAUGCAAGAAUUUGCAAACUAAAUUAACUUACCAGGAGAACAAAUCAAAAAAGCUUCACAAAGCAUUGGUAUCUAAUGGUGGGGAUAACGGUGCACUAGCCAAAGAGCUAGAAAAUUUCCGCACUGUUGUAUACUGUUCAUUGUGUUCUAAGAAUUGGAAGGAUACUGCUAUUAAAACUUGUGGCCAUGUAUUUUGUGCGGAUUGCUGCAAGGAAAGAUUAGCUGCGAGAAUGAGGAAGUGUCCCACUUGUAAUAAGGCUUUUUCAUCAAACGACUUACUCGUUGUUCAUUUGUAA